UUCCAGUCCUGCCUUAGGUAUGAAGCCAGUUGGGGGACCUUGGGCCAGUCACUCUCUCCUAGCCUUAGGAAGAGGGUAGUGUGACAAGCAACAGCAAGCCACCUCCAUUACAGAGCCAGCUUGGUGUCAUGGUUAAGGGCACCAGACUGGACUUCAUGAGUUCUAGUCCGGCGUUAGACGCAAAGCUAGCCGGUUGGCUGUGGGUCAAUCGCUUUCAACCCAGGAAGAAGAAGGCAAGGGCAAAACGCUUCUGGAAACCUUGCCAAGAAAACUGCAGGGACUCAUCCAGGCAGCUGCCAGGAGUCAAGACUGACUCAACAGCACCAAAAACAAACAACAAAAUGGCAGGAUUCAUGUCAAUACCUGAUGCUGAAGGACUGGAUCUGGAUGGAUCUAUUGCAUCUCUGGUUUUAAGCUCCUCAGAGGCAUCUGUGCCACUGCUGUGAGAACAGAAUUUGAUUUGGCAGAGCAAUUCUUGGGUGUAAGAGUCUUUCUCCUUUAAUACAGAGGCUACUUCCUUGGCUGUAACUCACUCAUCUGCCAUCCCUCCUAAAAUGCGCUAGAGGUGGUGUGCAGGGUCUCUUCCUUUGGCUGCCUGGUUCCUCACCCACCCAGUUUUCUUAAAAAACAAAAACCCUCUGUGAGAUAGGCUAAGUAGGAGGAUAAUGAUCAAUCCAAGAUUUCCAACCAAUUUUGUAAUCAGAGAGUUGAAUCUAGGCUAAUAUUCUGUUAUGUUGUAAUGCUCUUGGUUUGGACCGGCCUGGGAAGACAGGAAACCUUCUGGAAGAAGCUUGGGGCAAGCCACUUCUGCGUAGUUCCCUAGGAAAGAACUUGGAUAGGUCUGUAUAAUUUCCAGGAGUUGAGUUCAACUCUUUACAUUUGUUUCUCCUCCACCAGCUAACCAGAGAGACAAAGUGAACAAGCAGGUGAAAUGAUGGUGAUGAGCAGAUCCAAGAGAAUCUCAGUGGUGGGCCAAUUGUCCAUUUUUGCGAGUACCUCCUGCCAGGAUUUGAAAAGGGCAAACUGACAAGAUAUUGGUUCAUCAGCUCUGACUUUGAGUUUUGGGAAUUGCCACUUAACAUAUAUGUAUUCUUACUUUAAGGAAGAUGUAGAUUCUUUCAUGAAACAGCCAGGAAAUGAGACCGCAGAUGUAGUGCUUAAGAAGUUGGAUGAACAGUAUCAGAAAUAUAAAUUUAUGGAGCUUAACCUUGCCCAGAAGAAAAGAAGGUUAAAAAAUCAAAUUCCUGAAAUUAAGCAGACAUUAGAGAUCUUAAAACACAUGCAAAAGAAAAAGGAAUCUACAAAUCUGAUGGAAACCAGAUUCUUAUUGGCAGAUAAUCUCUACUGUAAAGCAUCAGUUCCUCCUACAGAUAAAGUUUGUCUCUGGUUAGGGGCCAAUGUUAUGCUGGAAUAUGAUAUUGAUGAAGCCCAGGCACUGCUAGAAAAAAAUCUUACCACAGCUACAAGAAACCUUGAGUCUCUAGAAGAAGAUUUGGAUUUCCUUAGAGAUCAGUUUACAACUACAGAAGUCAAUAUGGCCAGAGUUUAUAAUUGGGAUGUAAAGCGAAGAAACAAGGAUGACCCUUCCAAGAACACAGCAUAGUUCUGCUAGUUUUAAAUAUGGUUUUGAUUUUUGAAGUAUUUACUUAUUUUUAAAACACCUUCCGGUUCAGCCUUUGAUGGACUGAGUUUAAUUUAAUCUCUUUGGUUGUUAACAUAAUGGUGAGCAUCUUCUUUUUUUAAAAAAAAGCAAAUUUUAUUUGGUCCCGUGCAUGCUUCAUGCAAUUGACUUGUUGGAAAAGGAGCCACAACAGUAUGUAGUGAAGAAGCCCCUCAGUAGAGUCUCUGGGAUUUGAGAGUGGGUCACUUUGCAGGCAGUGCUCUUUGGUCCAUAGGAUCGAUGAGAGAUCCACAGAAUAUAGUGUGGGGAAAGAUGUACAGCUGAAGUGAUAGGGAAUUGAAAACAUUGUUGUGUUUUUGGCAACUGACCCCUUUAAUCUCACCCUCCAGACGUUCUCUGUUUAAUUCUGUUCUGAAGAAUGGCUCAUCUUGGUACUUCGAAAGAUCAUAAUUGGCCUUUGAAGGGUUAAAUAAUAAAACGCUGCAUCCUGUUUGUGGUCUUAGUCAGUUCUGUGUAUACAUAAAUAUCAGCUCAUCCCGAUUUUUCAAACUGGGGGCAGCCAGAAGCUAAUAUUUUGCUGCAUUUUAUUGGCCCGCUGACCAUUCCUUCUGUUUGGUCCAGAUGUCUUAAUGCUUGCAAAGACACUUGCUGCAACCUCUGUGAAACAUGAACGGUGUAUUGCAGCUCAGCUUCAUUUGUUGUCAGGUUGAAUGUUAUUCCCAUGUUGCUUAUUAAGGAAGCCUUGCAAAAGCGUUGCCUUGACACCUUCCUUUCUUUGAAGCACACCUGAUGGCCGAAUUAGCACCAUAACUAGCUGCUCAGGUUUCACUUCACCAUUCAGUACAGAUGUUAACUGGCUUCUAGUUUCAUGUAAUAAACAAUAUCUGUAAA